AUUAACUAUUUCCCAUUUCCAUAUAAUAUUUUCCAUAUUCCACUUUUCAUCCACCACUUUAUAACAACACACACCCUACCUACAUUCCCACAAACACACCAUUCCAAAAAACAUGAAGAUCAAAACAGCCGAACUCUUUUGUGCUUCUCCGGCGUCCACCGCCAUCUGCACCACCAUGAACCAACACGCCAUGGUCCGACGUGGCGGCAGCGGCACGCCACGACCAAUCAACCGCCACCACAACCACAACUACUAUAACAAUCACUACCAGUUUGACUUUGAAGAUAAACCUAAAUUCAAAGUCCCUACAAUCCCAUGCACUUCACAACAACAUAUUGACCCCAAACCCUACACUGCUUACCUCCAAAAAGCUCGAAAGAGCAUCUCCACCACCGGAAAAGAUAGUGACAUAGUAGGGAGAAGGAAAAGUAGUGCUGAUGAGAGUGUUAGGAAUUAUAGAAGUGCUGCUUCGGCUAAGUAUCUUUUGAAUAAUCCGAUGUUCGUGGCGGAUGGGGAUGAUGUUUGUAACGCGGGCGCUUUGGUGGUUAGUGAGCAUGUGUGGCCGGAUUAUCAUGAUGAGGUGCAUGUGGUGGGAAAGAAGUCGUUGUCGAGCCGGUUGCGAGGUGAGGAGUCCCCGGCGUUGGUAAAAACUGGAUCGUCGAAGCGGAUUGAGGCGGCGACGGCGGUAGUGGCAGUGCCGGAGUCUCCUAGUUCGAAAGGUUUGAAGGCUAGGUCCCGUGAUCAGGUUGUGGAACUGAGGGUGUCGAUACACUGCAAAGGAUGCGCAGGGAAAGUAAGAAAACACCUUUCAAGAAUGGAAGGGGUGACAUCAUUUCACAUAGACUUGGAAUCAAAGAAGGUGACAGUGGUUGGAGAUGUAACUCCAUUGAGUGUUCUUACAAGCAUCUCAAAGGUGAAAAAUGCACAAUUAUGGCCUUCUACUUCUCCUUCAUCUUCUUCUUCGCCGUUAAUUACAAUAGGAUACUAAUUAUGCACAUUAUCUUUUUGCUAUUUGUAAUGAAAUCGAUAUUUUGUGUUCUUCAAGAGUUACAACUGUGUGUUUGUGUAUGUUCGACUUUUGUAAAAACCCAAAACAUAUUUAGAUGAUAGAGGUUUAUGUAAACUGCGACAAGACGAGCGAAAGUUCGGUUCCAGUAGUUGAAAGCCUCUGAAAUUUACUUUUGA